UGAGAAAGCACCUCCCAUCCUUCCGACACUUCGGACGCGUCGCUAUAGCGGUAGCGCUACAGAGAAGAUGGCUGGGCGCCUGUGGGCAGCGGCAGGGUGCUGGGCGAGGCCCGUCGGGAGCCAGAGGGGCCCCUCGGUGACCGCUGCCCCCUCGCGAAAUGUCACCGUCACCCGGACUGGCGCCAUCUUGCCCAAGCCCGUCAAAAUGCCCUUUGGUCUCCUUCGUGUGUUUGCCAUUGUAAUUCCCUUCCUCUAUGUUGGGACACAAAUCAGCAAAAACUUUGCAGCCUUGCUAGAGGAACAUGAUAUUUUUGUACCAGAAGAUGACGACGACGAUGAUUAAUAGGGUUAAAAUAGGAGAAAACAAGAGCGAAAGCCAUAGACAACUAUUCUGAUGUCAAUGUCUAGUCAUGGCCCCCCUUUUCAGUUUUUAAAGAAGACAUUUUGGGAGAGUUGGACCCCCAUUCUACCAGUAAAUGCUCUGUGCAUGUGUAAAUGAGGAUUGGCUACAUACAUAGGCAGAAUAUUUCCUUGGUUCAGCAAUCAUUGUAUGUAACACCUAGUUCAUGAGAGUGCUUGGAACCCUGUUCUAAUGAGUGUGAAGAAAUGAUUUAGAUUGCAAAUAAAGAGUAACAGACCAAG